UCCCGUCCUCUCCGCUGGCCUCGUGCCCCCUCGUCCCAACUCCCAACUGCCGAUGGGGAAGGAGCAAUCCGGUGUGCGCGCGCGGGCGCGGAAGUGAACCCCGGUUGAGUAGUAGGUGGGAGAUCGAGGUCGCGCCCUUGCCCCACACGCCACUAAAGGCCGCGCCGACGGGCUCAUCAGACGCUUUGGAGUUUGGACGGGCUCGCCUCGGCCGCUCUGGCGCUUGUGCGGUGGGUGAAGCGCGGGUGCUGGUGCGGGAAGCCUCGCCAGACCUAGCGCUGCCGACUGCCGAGCUGGGUGCGGGCGCGAGGAGUCGACGGGAAGACAAGGGUGAGGGUUCGUCCGUUCGUGUAUAUAUGACGCUAAGUUUAGUUGCUGAGGAUACGAAGCCUGCUGGAUGAAUGAGUAAGGGCUUUGUGAACAAACAUAUGAAUUAUGAGUGAAACAGGGCACACUGUACAAGUCACUAACCUCUCGAGCAGAGUAUCUGAAAGUGAUCUUCAUGAGUUCUUUUCGUUCUCUGGUCCUAUUGAGCAUAUAGAACUUAUCAGAUCAGAAGGAUACGGUGCCACUGCUUAUGUGACAUUCAAGGAACGCUUUGCCUUGGAAACUGCAGUAUUGCUCAGUGGGGCUACUAUUGUGGAUCAGCCAGUAUGCAUAACCUAUUGGGGACAACCUGAGGGAACUUUUAAUUUCUGGGACAGGCCAACUUGGGAGGUUGAAGAGGAAAUCGAAUACAGGAACUACCAAACAUGCCAGUACAACACUACUCCGCAGGAAGCUUUUACAGUGGCUCAAGAUAUCAUGAAGACGAUGCUAGAAAAGGGGUACGUGCUCAGCAAGGAUGCUUUGGCUAAGGCUAGAGCCUUUGAUGAGUCCUAUGGAUUAACAGCUGCAGCAGCAGCCAGGGCUGCAGAGCUGAGCAAGAGAAUUGGUUUAACUGAUAGGGUCAAUGCUGGUGUUGGUGCAAUGCGAUCAGUCGAUGAGACAUAUCGCGUAAGAGAGACAACCAAGACGGUUGCUACUGCCACUGGAAGAACGGCAGCAAAGGUGGUAAAUGGCAUCGUCACCAGCAGCUACUUCUCUGCAGGAGCCAUGAUCUUGUCUGAUGCUCUUACUAGGGCUGCCAAGGCCGCGGCAGAUCUGGCCGCUCAUGGUAGGCAGAAUUAAGUGAAAAAUAGACAUAAAGUUCAUCCUUGCAGUUACUAAACAUGAGGACGAACACCUUCAAGUGAUGUUGCUUGAUGUAUAUUUAUGACACAACAGUGUCGUAAAUUAAAAGGAGACGAUCACUGCGUUUGGAACAAAUUGUUUGCUCUGAUAAGUUUGAUUAUUGCAAAUGUAGUCAAGUGAUCGUGCAGUCAUGUUUCGGACUUCCUGCGCAUUUCAUAUUCGCGCAUUGCUGUUGAGUAUCUGGAGAAUCAAAGCAACUGUUCUCCCCUAGACAAGUGUUGUAUUACGAAUAUAAUAUCCCUGAUUCCAGAGCAAAAAAAAAAUCAUCCUUUUUUCAACA